CAUCCCUGCCUUCCAGCCAGUCAAAUACAGACCGCUCGUUCCAUCUACAAUCUACAGCCAUGGCAGAUCCAAGAAUACGACAGAUUAAGAUCAAAACCGGCAUCGUGAGAAGGCUGGCGAAGGAGAAGCUUUGCUACAUGACCCAGGCGACGCAGCAGGAGGAGAAGGUCGAGCGCAUGAGGGUGGAGAAAGAAGACGAGUACGUCCUCCGGAAGCAGAUCGAGGUUCUGCAGGAGGCCCACAUGAUGGUCCCGGACUGCCACCGACGUCUGACCGUCGCCCACCAAGACCUGGCCCAGUUACUCGAAGCCGAAGAGGAUUUGGGCGAAUUGGAGGAGUACAAAGAGGCUCGAAAAAUGUUGGAGUCUGUGAAGCUUGAAGGAUGAUUCCUGAUCUGUUUUCUGUUCUCACUGUGAGAUUCACUUGCUUCUUAAAUGUUCAUUCCUUUCGUCAGGCCCUGUUUGCAAACCGCCGAGGGCGAAUCCGUUCUCGAUGUGAUUAUUUUCUCCUGUUUACCGUUAACGUGCCACCACGUCUGAUCACGCUCCUCCUGUGUGCAAAGAAAAAUAAUCCCACAGGCGUAAAACAUUCACAGCAGAGGAGUACAUUGUUGUUGUUGUUACCGAUGCCCAAUCUAGAUUUCAAAAGACAAAAAUGUAAUACACACGCAAAUGUGUGUCUUUUCUGACCAUCACUUCUAAUGGUGUGGGUUUGACCCUGGUGGAACACUAAUCCAUGACGUGACCGUUUACAUUCAUACUUUUCUGAAUUAUAUUUUGCAUUCUUUUUAUAUGUUUAUCAAAGGGGCUGACGGCUGCAGGACGUUUAUUGGCUGACGACGCGUCCGAGAAUAUUUAACUAAAGCUUCACGACUGCAUUAUUUAGAUCAAUGUUUCUGAAAUGUCAGGAGAAAAAAUAAGACGUUUCCUUUCUAACUUGUGUUGUGUGUCCAAAACACAGAUAUAUUCAACCUUAAGUUACAUAAAACACAAAAUAAUCAUAUUUGUGAAACUUUGAACGAUUGUUUAUUUCUUUUGGGAUAAUUAUCAAAGUUGUUGGAUGUAAUUUUCUUUCUCUCUGUAAUGGAUUUAAUAAACUGAUGCUUUGAGCACUUAACUGAUGGA